AUGUCUGAUUGUCAAAAUCUGGUCAGUCUGCGCACUUCCGAAGAUGUCCUACACAAAAUUCCUGUGCAUCUCUGUCUCCAAAUGGCCACCAUUCGCAAUUCGCUUGCUUGCGAACAUUUUAGCGAUACAGACAUCGUUAUUCCAUUGCCUUACGUUUCUUCGCAAAUCCUUGAGUUCGUGAUCAAAUGGUGCGAAGCGAUAGAGAAACAGGAUACUGAACUGGAAAGCAUGCAGCUGUCUAUCUUGCUUAUGGCCACACUGCCAGAGCUGGAGGAAAGUGAACUCAUCUAUGAUCUGAUGAAAGCCGCCAGCUAUUUGGAAAUCAAAAGCCUUGUGGAGGCGACAGCCCAGCAUGUGGCCAACAAGAUUAAUGCCUGCAACAACCUCGAGGAUGUUCGAAAGCUCUUCGGUGAAGAAAAUGACUUACCGCCCGAUGAUGAGGAAGAAGAAUAG